CUCAAUGCGUAAAAAUAACGCGUUUAGUCGAUGUUUUUGUCAUCGAAACGGUACCGCACGUUUAACAGAGCUGAACGAAAUCAUUAGAGUUUGAAGAUUAUUAAAUCAAUAUGAAGGAUUUGCUGUCGAUUCUUUUUGUGAUUUUUGCCUGCGAUCACAUCGCUAACGGUUAUCGAAUUCUUGGCAUAUUUCCGGUUAAUAGCAAAAGCCAUUGGGCCAUGCAAGAAAGCCUGAUGGUAGGCCUUGCAAGACGCGGUCAUCAAGUCGACGUAGUCACGUACUUUCCGCUAGAACAGUCGGAACCCAAUUAUAAAGAAAUCAAUCUGAAAGGCAGUAUGGAUUCGAUGAUAAAUAAUUUGAGUGCAAGUGAUAUGCACCGAUUUGAUGACCUGAACAUGGCUGCGUGGACCAAUUUUGCUGGCAGUAACGUCUGUGAACUGAUGAAUGAACCGAAGCUGCAUGAUCUAAUUGAGAAUCCGCCAGAAGAUCCUCCUUAUGAUCUUGUUAUCACAGAGAUAUUUGCAUCACCGUGUUAUUUGGCCUUCGGUCGUCAUCUCAAAGUCCCCGUGAUCGGUACAGUUACCUGCGCUUUUCACGACUGGCUCAACGAAGUGACCGGUAAUCCAGAAUGUUCCUCUUAUGUUCCAAGCAUGCUCUCAACUUUUUCUCAACAAAUGACUUUCAAAGAACGUCUCCUGAAUUUUCUCAUAAGGAAUUAUGUCAGUAUUCAGUUACAUUAUUACACAAAUCCUCAAGUAGAAUUAGUGAAGAAGCACUUCGGCAUAGAUGUGCCGCACAUCAAGGAUUUGUACAACGAUGUAGCUCUCUAUUUGGUCAAUUCCCAUCAUACGUUAAAUGGAAUCAGACCGAUGACUAAUAAUGUGAUUGAAGUUGGAGGUCUACAUCUUAAAGAUAGCGAUAGUCCGUUAUCGCCGGAAGUACAAAAAUGGUUAGACGAAAGCAAAGAUGGCUGUGUGUACUUUACAUUCGGUUCUAUGGUGAGGAUCGAAACUUUUCCUGAAGAAAAGUUAAAACAAUUUUAUGCAUCUUUUGACAAAAUCGCACCAGUUAGAGUAUUAAUGAAAGUCGCAAAAAAAGAAGACCUAUUACCGGGAUUACCAAAAAAUGUCAUGACGCAAUCUUGGUUUCCACAAAAGACCGUACUGAAACAUAAAAAUAUAAGAGCCUUUAUUACUCACGGAGGACUUAUGGGAACGCAAGAAGCAAUAUACUUUGGAAUUCCUUUGAUUGGUAUUUCCUUGUUCGGCGAUCAGCACAUCAACAUUCGAAAUUAUGUCAACAAGAAGGUAGCUAUUUCACCCGGAGACAUAAACCAUAUUACCGAGGCGAAAUUAACUUCGGCGUUAAAUGCUAUCUUGAAAGAUCCUACGUAUCGAUCAAAUGUACAGAAAUUGUCGAAAAUGUUCGUCGACCGACCAACGAGCCCUUUAAAUACAGCAAUAUUUUGGGUGGAGUACAUAGCAAAAUACGGAAGUGUACUUCAAUCUCCGGCCAUCCGUCUUUAUUGGUGGCAAAGGGAGUUGCUAGAUAUAUUUGCUUUUAUACUUCUCGUGACCAUUACAGUGUUUUUCAUUGUAUCGUUUAUUUUUCGAAAACUACCGAAACUUUUGUUUGGAUCGCGUGCAAAGGACAGUGUGGAGAUCAAAUCGAAGAAGAAUAAAUAAAAAGGGCCUUGUGUCAUCGUGUUUUUUCUGGUCUUUCUUUUUCACACUUGUGUAAAUUACUGUUCUUUAUUUGUAAAAAACAAUUUGUAUAUUCUAUGUCGAGUACCGCGACAAUUAAAGCGUUUUUAACAAAGCUGCUUUUUUAAUGUAACUUGAGAGGUGUAUAAAUGUUUUUUUGUAUUCUAGAUAAAUUUGUUUUUAUGUAGGUGUCACUAAGAGGCAUGUAUUCGCAACGAGCAUUCUUAAUUAUGUUGAUUUUUAUUUUUGUAUCAUAUAUUUUAUUUUUAAGGAUUAAUAUUUUCACGUGUUGCAUUUGAAAAAAUAAAAAAAAGAAAAAAAAAGAAAAUCUCACGAUAUAUAUAUAUAAAUUAUAUUACAAAAGUUUCUAAUUUAAUGAGAGUUUCCUAACAUAAAAUAAGAAUAAACAUAAAGUUAUCUUUCUUUGAACACGUUAACAAGUGGAUUCAAUAUUUUAAUCUUGUAACUUGUAUCUGACGAUUCAUAUAAAAAAAAAGACGUAAUGUCAAAAAUAGAAUGACAUGACAUUAUAAAUAUACUUUUUGUUAUCUGAUUAUUAUCUAUAUGUUUUUGCUAUGAUGUUACAUCUUGUUGAUCACUAUGUAGUUUAUUUAGGAGAAAUUGUUCAAAUUUGAUCAAAUUACAAAAUCAAAUUACAAAUCACAACUUCAUCGUUUUGAUCCUAAUUAAAAGCCCUAUUUUUAAUGCAUAUUUUUUAAUAUACUUUCUUUCUAUGUCUAAUUUUUUUCAUAUGCACAUGCAUAUAUCGCAAAUGCGUGCAUAUGCAAUUUUUACUUUUUUAUAAUAGCAUGUAUAAAAGACAUUAAAUGGUAUGAGGAAUUUAUAUACAUACGAAGAAUUUAUAUACAUAUUACUCGAUUUAUAUAAACAUCAAAAAUAUGUAUU